UAAAAAUAGAACGUAGGUCUUGCACAAGCAGUAGAAAGUUGGAUCAUCGAACGGUAUUAAUAUGAAGUUAGGAUAUACAUCUGUCAGUAUUCCAAAACAGAAAACAAGGAGAAGAAACGAAGAAAAGGGGAGAAUAUUUAUACAGAUAACAAAGACAAAGCCUCAAAUAUGGUUUGGAAAGGUUGGAAAAGUAACGUCCACUCGGGCAACACCCUGAGAGCCUCAAACUCUCACUACCAACGCUGCUACGCCGCCGAAGCAUCCCUGUUAAAACACUCCUCCGCCAAGGGCGUUGGAGAUGACAUCGAAGAUGGGGGUCUUCAGACAGGUGGCGUUACCUACUCCCUCAACAAGAAAGGCCGAUGGAAACUCCCAAAGCUUUUGAAACAAAGUAUACAUGAGGGUGUAUGGAAAAAUGAUGAUUGCCAGGUUGCUUUGUUUGAGCACCACAAAAUCAAACAACAUGCUGACUGUAUUAGUUAUUGCAGCUCGGGAAGAAAUGGGAGCUGUAUCGAGAUCAAACCACAGGGACACACAUACUUUGAUGCAGCCAGCGUGCUUGUUAAGUCUGGUUAUGGUAAAAGAAGCCAGAAGAAAAGGGAAAAGCGGCUGGCAAAAAUGAGGAAAAAGUAUGGAGUAGAUUAUAACGAAGAGAGUACUGGAGAGGAAGUUGUGGACACUGUGCAGCAUGCUGUCAGCUAUGAAAUAUACUACCCUUGUCAUAAGACCAGCUCAAUCACACAUAAUAAGAAGUAUAUUAGAGACCAAGAUGUAUCAAGUUAUGAGGAUGCAGAACACAACAACAAUGGCAGUUCAAAAAUCUCAAAGAAAGGAGCCACAAAGCAAAGAGGGAAGCUGAGAUGGAGCAGUCAGGUUACUGAAUAUGAGGAGCAGUUUGACAGCUUUUACAGCAGUGAAGAUGAAGUGGAACUUGAGGACACCAAUAGGGAGGAUGAGCACCACUUCACUUUGGACUGGGACAGUGUAGAAAGAUCUAACACUGUCCUCAGCGACUUAGUUGACAGAGCUGUGGAAGCAAAAGGGAGCUACAACAGUGGAUUGUUUCAAGGAGAGGCUCAAGAAAAAUCUACACCCUCUCUUCCUGUCUCUCAAGACACCUCCAAAGACAAUAAAGUCUUCUUCCCAGCUGAUGAAUACUAUGAGUUCAGACCAAAGGAGGAAAUUAUCGAAAAAGAUAUAAAUAAGGAGAAAAAGGGGGAAAAGCCAUCAGCCAAAUUGACAAAGCAGUCAUCUAAAGGUCAUCCCUGUGUCUCCAUCCCUGUCAUUAUGGACACGACCAACGACGCCAUUGCUCCUGAAGUUUUACAAUCCACAUAUGGCGACUAUUAUAAAGAAGGCAAUUGUAUUCCAAGGACUUUCACCAUUGACAUUUCCAAGUUUGUGCUUGAACAGGUCAGGAAGGACACCAUUUUACGUAGUCAUGGGUCUCAUUUGGACCUCCACAGUUAUCUGGUAGUGCAGGUUUUACCUGAGGGGGGAGCAGGGACACAGGCUACUGUGAAGGUAAGCUUGAAAGGCAACUUCAAGAUGGAGACGGUGAAGAUUGAAACUCUGAAUGACAUGGGUAUAUAUGCCUCAGUGGAUGCCCUGGUGUCAGCAACUGCUGUUUAUAUCUGCAUGCUGCCUUUUGAAUGUUUUUACACAACCUCUGCUCCACCUAUGACAGUUAGUAAGGCAUCUCUCAAGUUUGACACUCUGAGUUCAGCUUGCAAAUGGGAAACUGCUUCAGGGCUUCCAGCAGAAUUAUAUAGCACUCUCAUUGGAGAUUCUACGGCGAACACACAGAUGGAUGAAACCUGUGAGGAAGACACCUGUGUUGUCUACAGGCAAAGUGAAGAGUACUGUAAUAUCUGCUUUGAGUGGACGUCCCAGGGGUAUGCAAUGGGCGUGGCCAUCAGCCCUUGUUAUCAUUGGUUCUGUCGUAACUGUUGGCAACAGCACAUUGAGAGCAGGGUGCAGCAGGGAGAUAUGAUCCUGUAUUGUCCAGAAUACCAGUGCUCCUCCAGACUUGACAUUGCAACACUGGUAUCUUUGGUAGACGUCAGGACAGUCAGACAUCACCUGAUGCAGAAACAUGAGAUGGCUCUGAGCAUGGAGGAGAACCUGAAGUGGUGCCCUAACCGCAAGUGUGGCAGGAUGAUCAUGGCUAAAGGUCACGCAGCCGAGGAAUCCGUGUCUGUAUCCUGUAAGUGUGGCGCUGCUGUCUGUUUCAAGUGUAUGAAAGCGCCUCAUUGGCCAGCUAGGUGCGACCUAGCUAACAAUUACAAACGCAAGCUGAGAGUUAGAAAAGACAAUUCCGCUUCUGGACCUGAAGAUGCUGUGGUCUUUGUGAGACGUUGCCCUCACUGUCGACUUCCUAUAGAGAAGAACGGAGGAUGUUCACGUAUGAUUUGUCGCUGUGGAAAAGACUUCUGCUGGCAAUGUCUGGCCAAAAAAUGCAUCUGUAGCCAAGGCAAUACUGCUGCCACAAAUGAAGCAAUUACUCUGAGGUACAUUGCGUCCCCCGUUCAGUUUGUCAGCAACCUCAGUAAAGAAAUGCUGUAUAGGUCUUCAGUGGAACACAGGCGAGCAGCCCGGGAAUAUCAUGGAUCAGGCAUUGAUAAGAAAAUCAAGACAAUGCUGUACAGAGGGAAGCAUGGGGAAUUAGACUUUCCCAUAAUUGCAAAGCAAGUCCAGAAACGAGUGGAAAAACUUGAACAGAUGCAGAAAUUUUUAGAGUCAGCAGCUGAUUUCAAUGCUGAGCUUCACCACUUGGCAGAGCACACUGCCCUCCAUCUGCAGGAUGACCAAGUAGCGGCAGGAGUUGAGCCCAUCUUUAAGCGCAUUGAUUUCGUCUCCUGGAGCAUAAAUGAGAUUUUCAAUGAUGAAAGAUUCUCAAACAUGGACACAAUCAUGAAAAAACUGAGCAAGCUGAUGUCCAUUGGAAAGACCUGUGUACAAUCCUUGGCUUCUGUGCUGCGACAAAGUGGGAAACAGAUGUAAAGUGUUGAAGGGAAAACAGUUUUACUUUGAAGUUGAACAUCUAUUUCACCAUCUUUCAUAAUGAUUGACGUAGGUUAUUGUGUAGCUUCUGACUACCAUACAGGCAAUUCCAGACUGGUCCUGGUUUCACACAAAAAAUUUAAGUCAGGUUUUCUGACUAAGAACUGAAUUACCAAGGUUACAUGGUCACAUGGGCACAUCUUGCCCUAUCAGGAAAAGUGUAACAACACCCUAAUAGAAUUCCUAGUUAACUAAGCCAGGGAACUGCCUGUAUUAUUUGGGGACAGGAAAUCCAGAGACUUGUUGAACUAUCAAGUGAAACCUCAUCAUUGAUAUUUGUAUGACUAAUUUCAAGUAGAUCAAUCAUGCAAAGGGAAUAUAUUGUCAUUGAAUAUUUUGUAUCAUGAAAACCCAAUGUAACUGCAAUUUAUCACAGAUACAAAUGCAGCUUUUUGUUCGACAAAUGCAGAGAUGCAGAACUAAAACUAAAAUUCAGGUUUACCUUUUGUAACCUUAGGAGUGUUGUUAUUUUACAUAUAUGUAUAAAUUGAUUUUUAAGGUCCCUUUUAAUAUUUUUGUGUAUAUGGAAUUGAAAUCAAUAUUAAAUUAGAUAAUUAAAGAAUAGGUGAACAUAAAACAAAAUUGUUGUUCAAAUGCUUGCAACAUUACAAUCAUUGACUGUAUUUUACAUUUUUUGAUGUAAUAAAUUUAUUUACAUCUACAUCUUGGAAUCUGCAUUUGCCGCGGAGUCCGAAGAUCCCAGGUUCCAUUCCAAGCCCGUU